AUGUCCGACUUCGCAAGCUACUUGGGAAUUGCUUCGGCCCUCAAUCUACGCUACAAGGAAGCCCGCACAGCGAUUGACCGCCUCGGAUGCCCCGUCGAUGACACCCUCGGUAGACUACGAAGAAGCUUUCCAUCUCUGAAUGAGAAACUGUGCGCGUUCCGGCCAUUGAAUGAAACCACUGCUGUCGAUGCGAUUCGAGAGCUAUAUACCACCCUGGCAGUUGUUCUCACUAAUAGCCCGGGGCCAGAUCCAACUCGGCCGCUUCCGCUUAGUAGACAUUCAAGCAGCCUGCGGGUCUCUGGCGAUGUCACCUUCGCCUGCGUCAUGUAUGCCAGCUGUUGGUUCGGAGAUUACGUCCCUUCCUCGAUUCCUCUUGUGCUUGAGAUAUGGUGUGCAUGGUUUCCUACACGUCAGUCAGACGCCGAUGUGUGUUUUGUACCUGCGAACCAUCAGUAUGUCGGCACUGGCCAGCAUGAUGCCCGCUACGAGUUGGAGGGCCAUAAUGCACGCGGGUUAGUCCGUCGCCACCGUGCACUUAAUAUCAACUCGUUUCGUGACAUCAUGGUUUUACGAAGCGGGAUGUUGGUCUCAGACUGCGUAGACCACGACAACCGGGACAUUGUAGCCUUUCUACAGAAGGCUGCACAACUUCCCGCGUUGAUCAUCCCCUCAGAGGCUAUCGACCUGUGGUCCGGACAGCCGCUCGCCGAGCUCGACCGACUUGGCUUAUACAUACGACAGGUGAAGCACCUCACUGUCUGCACUCCAAGUCCUCGCAGAAUGACCAUAAUAUACACCUUUUUGUACUCUUUAACAAGCUCGCGGCAAAAUGCUCAUGUGCGUGGGCGAAUAACACCUGAUUCAAAGAAGAGCGUCAGCUGCUGUCCUGCCCCUUUUUGCAGCCAAAACGCCCCACCGCGUGAGCUUGAUAGAGACUUGCCGUUAUCACACAGUUCAGCAUGGAACCCGCUGAGGCUCGUGUUGCAGGCAGCCCUUCAAGAAGGACUGGCCGCCGAGGAAUGGCAGGUGAGUAUAGACGCCCGAGUACGUCUAUGCGAUGAGUGGUCCCGCGGGUUGCAGCCUCAGUUCGGACAGUAUAACCCUGUCGCAGCGGCGGUCGACGUGGCACCGCUUUGUAUUCGAAUUAUGUUACGUCUAGCUCAAGAGAUUUAG